UUCGAACUGGAGAGGAUGAGCAGCAGGCACUCUGUACGGAUGAGUUCAGUGACAUCUCUCCUCUCACCGGGGGCAACGUGGCAUUCUCAACACUGGAGGGGCGUCCAAGUGCCUACAACUUUGACAACAGCCCUGUGCUACAGGAAUGGGUGACGGCUACAGAUAUUAGAGUGACCCUCAAUCGUCUGAACACAUUUGGAGAUGAAGUUUUCAAUGACCCGAAAGUUCUCAAGUCUUAUUACUAUGCAAUUUCUGAUUUUGCUGUGGGUGGUAGAUGUAAAUGUAAUGGGCAUGCAAGCGAGUGCAUGAAGAAUGAGCUUGGGAAGCUGGUCUGCAACUGCAAACACAAUACCUUUGGGGUUGACUGUGAAAAGUGUCUUCCUUUCUUCAAUGACCGUCCGUGGAGGAGAGCGACAGCAGAGAGUGCCAACGAAUGCUUGCCUUGCGACUGCAAUGGGAGGUCGCAGGAAUGCUACUUUGACCCUGAGUUGUACCGCUCAACGGGCCACGGGGGCCACUGCAUGGGCUGCUCGGAUAACACUGAUGGUGCCCACUGCGAAAGGUGCAGGGACGGCUUCUAUCGCCUGGGGAGCGAGGAGGGAUGUCUGCCCUGCAGCUGCAACCCUGUUGGCUCCCUGAGCACGCAGUGCGACAGCUAUGGCCAGUGCAGCUGCAAACCCGGUGUGAUGGGUGAUAAGUGUGACCGGUGCCAGCCAGGUUUCCACUCCCUCUCUGAAGCUGGAUGCAGGUAAGGGACACUGCUGCCCUGUUCUUGCAAUCUGGCUGGCAGCACAGGGGAAUGCAAUGUCGAGACAGGGCGGUGUACAUGCAAGGACAAUGUCGAAGGCUUCCACUGCGAGAGAUGCAAACCUGGAUUUUUCCAUCUGGCUUCCUCCAUUCCAAGGGGCUGUAUCCCCUGCUUCUGUUUUGGACACUCUUCAGUCUGCACCAGUGCCAUUGGCUACAGUAUCUACACCAUCACGUCCAACUUCCAGUUUGGAGAGGAUGAGUGGCGUGCUGAGCAGCGCGAUGGCUCGGAAGUCUUACUCCAGUGGAGUGGGGAGACCCAGGAUAUCUCUGUUAUUUCAGACAGCUACUUCCCCGUGUAUUUUGUUGCACCACGCAAGUUCUUGGGCAACCAGUUUUUGAGUUACGGGCAAAACCUGUCCUUCUCCUUCCGUGUGGACAGACGGGACACGCGCCUCUCUGCGGAGGACCUGGUGCUGGAAGGGGCUGGGCUAAGAGUGUCAGUGCCACUCAUUGCCCAGGGCAACCCCUACCCCAGCGAGAAUGCGCUGACCUACACCUUCAGGCUUCACGAGGCUACAGAUUACCCAUGGAGGCCUGCUCUUACAGCAUUUGACUUCCAGAAACUUCUCCACAACUUGACUUCCAUCAAGAUCCGUGGGACGUACAGUGAGAGAAGUGCUGGGCACCUGGAUGAUGUUACCAUCACAAGCGCUCGUCCUGGACCCGGUGUGCCUGUGGCCUGGGUGGAGAGCUGCUCCUGUCCAGCAGGGUACGAGGGGCAGUUUUGUGAGCGCUGCUCCUCUGGGUACCGGCGAGAGACGCCGAGCCUCGGGCCCUCGCGUGUGUGCAAUUGCAGGGAUAACACAGCAGGGUCUCACUGUGAGAAGUGCAGUGAUGGGUAUUACGGAGACGCGACGGCGGGCACUACCUCAGACUGCCAGCCCUGCCCGUGCCCAGGCAGCUCGAGCUGUGCCAUCGUGCCCCGCACCAAGGAGGUUGUAUGCACCAGCUGCCAGGCUGGCACUACAGGUAAGAGGUGUGAGCUGUGUGAUGAUGCCUAUUUUGGAGACCCGCUGGGUGAAAAUGGUGCUGUGAGGCCUUGCCGCCUCUGCCAGUGCAAUGACAACAUCGAUCCCAAUGCUGUGGGGAACUGUGACCGCCAGACGGGCGAGUGCCUCAAGUGCAUCUACAACACGGCUGGCUUCUAUUGUGACCGCUGCAAAGACGGCUUCUUCGGGAACCCCUUGGCCCCCGAUCCCGCUGACAAGUGCAGAGCCUGUGACUGUGAUCCGGAGGGUUCGCGCUCCCUGCAGUGCCGGGAGAAUGGUCGCUGCGAGUGCAAGGAAGGCUUUGUGGGGAGCCGCUGUGACCAGUGUGAAGAGAACUAUUUCUACAACCGCUCGUGGCCAGGCUGCCAAGAGUGUCCAGCCUGCUACAGAUUAGUGAAAGAUAAGGUGGCAGAGCAACGAGAGAGGUUGCAGGAGCUGGAAAAUCUUAUAGCAAAUCUGGGUACAGGAGAAGAAACUGUAACCGAUCAAGCCUUUGAAGAGAGGUUGAAGCAGGCAGAAAGAGAUGUUACGGAGUUGCUCCAGGAAGCACAAAACAGUAAAGAUGUAGAUCAGGGCCUCAUGGAUCGUCUCAAAGACAUCAACAGCACACUAGUGAGUCAGCUCAACAGGCUGAGGAACAUCCAGGGCACGGUGCGGGAGACAGAGAACCUGGCAGAGCAAGCCCGGGUGCGGGUGGAGGAUACUGAGGACCUGAUCAGCUUAGCGUCCGAUAUGCUUGAGAAGGCAAAGAUGGCAGCUGACAACGUGUCCAUUACACCUCCAGAGUCAAGCGGGGACCCUAACAACAUGACUCUAUUGGCAGAAGAGGCUCGUAAGCUGGCUGAAAGACACAAAAAAGAAGCUGAUGAGAUUGUUCGCAUAGCCAAGGCAGCAAAUGAUACUUCCACAGAAGCGUAUCAACUGCUGCUGAAGACCCUGGCUGGAGAAAACCAAACUGCAAAUGACAUUGAUGAGCUCAACCAGAAGUAUAAUCAAGCAAGGAACAUUUCUCGAGACCUAGAGAAACAGGCCAACAAGGUGCUUGCAGAGGCAGAGGAAGCUGGAAACAAAGCCCUGCAGAUCUAUGCUAAUCUUACCAGUCUGCCUACUGUGGAUUCCACGGGGCUAGAGAAUGAAGCAAAUAAGAUCAAGAAGGAAGCAGAGGAGUUAGAUCAGCUAAUUGCCAGGAAGCUGAAAGAUUAUGAGGACUUGAGAGAAGACAUGAAAGGAAAGGAGCUAGAAGUAAAGAACCUCUUGGAGAAAGGGAAGACGGAGCAGCAGACUGCAGACCAGCUGUUGGCUCGAGCAGAUGCAGCGAAAGCCCUAGCUGAAGAAGCUGCUCGGAAGGGCAAUGGCACACUGCAGGAGGCCAAUACCAUUCUCAGCAACCUGAAAGAUUUUGAUAAGCGGGUGAAUGAUAACAAGACAGCGGCAGAGGAGGCGCUGAAGAAGAUUCCUGCCAUCACCCAGACCAUUGCUGAAGCCAACAGCAAGACGCGCCAGGCGGAGCUGGCACUCGGCAAUGCUGCUGCUGAUGCCCGUGAAGCCAAGACUAAAGCAGAUGACGCAGAGAAAAUUGCCAGUUCUGUUCAGACGAGCGCUGCUGCUACCAAAGCCGAAGCUGACAAGACUUUCGCUGAUGUGACGGGGCUGGCCAGGGAGGUGGAUGACAUGAUGAAGCAACUACAGGAUGCAGAAAAAGAGCUGAAACGGAAGCAGGAUGAUGCUGAGCAGGAUAUGAUGAUGGCAGGCAUGGCCUCACAGGCUGCCCAGGAGGCAGAAGACAAUGCAAGAAAAGCAAAGAACUCUGUGAACAGCUUGCUUGCUGUCAUUAAUGGCCUGCUGGAUCAAUUAGGGCAGCUGGAGACAGUGGACUUGAACAAACUGAAUGAAAUUGAGGGUACCCUGAACAGUGCCAAAGACCAGAUGAAAGAUAGUGACCUGGACCAGAAAGUGUCUUUCCUUGAGAGAGAAGCCAGGAAGCAAGAUGAUGCAAUACAGGCCUACAACAGGGACAUUGAAGAGAUCCUGAAGGACAUUAGCAACCUGGAAGACAUCAAGAAGACCUUGCCGUCUGGCUGUUUUAACACCCCGUCCAUUGAGAAACCCUAAGGGUGCACUGGGGGUGGGGGGUAUUCCCCCAGUGAGCAGUGGAGCGGUGGUUUGGCUAUGGAGUGCCUUAACACACAUUACCUUCUUCAAAUCCCCAACUCUUUGCUGCUCGCAGCCACUGUUUUCUUUUCAAAUCAGGAUAAGUUGAAAGGUUUUUUGUUUUGUUUUGUUUUUUAAGAGAAGCAAAUUAAAUAUCCGUCUUUGGGCAUCAAAGGGUUUUUUUUAUAUAAAUUGUCUUCCUGAGCACUCUGCCUUUGCCCCCUUUCUCAGACACAGUUUCCCUUUGAUUAGCACAAGGAUGAGAGAUGCUCUGGACUCUUUAUACCAUGGUUCAGAAAUAACCAUGUGAGCUGUAUACAGAAAGGCAAAACUAACCCUACUUUCUCUCCUCUCUUCUCACCUCAACUGUAAAAUCCUCAGUCCCAGAGCUCUGUCCCUAUGAAGGAAGGGGAUGGCUACCAAAGUAUUACUGUAAUGGCCAGUAUAGCUGCACUCAUUCAGAUCCCUCUUCCCAACUUCUAACCCUGUGAAUUAAUUUUUUUUUUUAUUGUUAACUAGUGGCCAAUCUGACAACGUUGGUAGCCUU